AUGCGUGAUAUCGCGGUGGAUUGGUCGGACCACGGAUUAUGGUGGCCGGAAAGGAACAAAUGGCUGACCCGGACCCGAUCCACGUUGGACCAGUACAGCGUCCAGGCGGACGCCCAGCUGCACUUCACGCCCAUGCACAAAAUGCUUCGCAUCCAGCUGCCCGACCUUCGUUAUUUGGACGUCCGGGUGGACUUCUCUGUCAAGGUCUUCAAAGCCGUCAUAAUCCUCUGCAAGGAACUCGGAAUCCGACACCCAGAGGAACUGAGCCUGCAGAAGCCCCUGUAUCCUGAUGAUCUCAGAUACAAUUAUGUGAGCAAUCCCAACAGGCGUCGUUCCUACAAUCGUCCAGCUGGUGCUGACACAAACACUUUCAUUGCUGCCCAGAAAGGCAACUCUGCCAACAACUCCACCAACAGCUUAGAUAGGAGUCACCGAUCUUUUGUAGGCACUCCCAUCGGCUCUCCUAUGAAUACGAGUGGAACAUGGAGAGUUGGUAAUCACACCCCUAACUACUCUCCCUACAAUACAAUGAACGGAACCAUGCAUACAAGCUUUGAUGGCCUGAAUGGGUCAUCGGAGAAUUCCCUUGCACGAAGUCCCCUUCCCAGUGAUGAGGCCAAGGCUUCCCUUGUCAGACCCAAGAGCCUUGUUGAACGGGCACGCAUGAAUGUCGCAUGGUUGGACUCUUCACUGUCCAUCAUGGAGCAAGGGAUAGAAGAAUAUAAUACUCUUCUCCUGAGAUACAAGUUUUACUCUUUUUACGACCUGAAUCCCAAGUAUGAUGCUGUGAGGAUCAAUCAGAUAUUUGAGCAAGCCAAGUGGCAACUUUUGGAUGAAGAGAUUGACUGCACUGAAGAGGAAAUGCUCAUGUUUGCUGCUUUGCAGCUUCAAGUGAAUUUGCAGGCCAAUAUGCCACAGUCAGAUGCUAACAACACAGCAGAUGAUGAUAUUGAUGCUGCACUCACUGACCUGCAAACCUCCCUUGAGGGAACUGCUAUCUCUUCAGGUCUCAAUGAUAUUACCCAGAUCCCUGAACUGUCUGAUUACUUGAGGUUCAUGAAGCCGAAGAAGUUCACCUUGAAGUCCUUCAAGAGGUAUUGGUUUACUUGUAAGGAUCUCCAAUUAUACCUAUACAAGGAACGUGGAGAUAUUGGCACAAAUCCAGUGCAUCACAUCAACUUGAAGGGUUGUGAGGUCACACCUGAUGUGAACCUCUCACAGGGGAAAUUUGGGAUCAAAUUAGAAGUGCCAAGUCAGGAGGGCAUGGCUGAGAUGUGGAUUCGUUGUGACAAUGAGAAUCAGUAUGCUCGCUGGAUGGCAGCCUGUCGGCUGGCAGCAAAGGGGAAGUCCCUGGCAGACAGUUCUUACGAUAGUGAGGUGAAAUCCAUUCAAGCGUUCUUGGCAAUGCAGCAUCCAGCGCCUGUUCCAGCCAUCAAUCCCAAUACAUAUGACAUAAAUCCUCAAGAUUAUGUUAGUCAACGUUUCCUCAGGAAAUCCAAGGGCAAGUUGGUGCAACGCAUCCUGGAAGCUCAUGCCAACGUGAAGGGGCUUUCUUUGGUUGAUGCCAAGUUGAGCUUCAUCAGGGCUUGGCAGUCCCUGCCUGAUUAUGGUGUCUCCCUCUUCAUUGUCAAUUUUAUUGGGAGUAAGAAGGAAGAGCUUCUUGGUGUUGCCUUUAACAAGCUCAUGCGGAUGGACCCCCACACAGGGAAUCAUAUCAAGACGUGGAGGUUCAACACAAUGAAGAGUUGGCACAUAAACUGGGAGGUAAAGCAGAUGAUUGUGGAGUUUGACGAAGAGAAAGUGGUAUUUAGCUGCCUGUCAGCAGACUGCAAAGUGGUUCAUGAGUUCAUUGGAGGCUAUAUCUUCCUGUCCAUGCGUGCCAAGGAUGUGAAUCAGACACUGAAUGAGGAACUCUUUCACAAACUCACUGGAGGCUGGGUUUGAGAGAGGCAGAGCUGACGUCCUGGAAACCCUGCAGCCGUCCCACAUCUCUCGUGUGCCUUAACCCGACAAAAAUGUGUGAUAGAGGAAGCAAAAGAGAGUGAGACAGGUAUUGGCUAUGUUGGAUGUAUCUGGAGAAGUUCUUUGCAGAGUUGGACAACACACAUCACACAUGCAAACAUACACAACAAUCUUUCCACAAUCACUGCUAAUGUUUUUAAUCGUCUAGUCUAAUGAAUGCUGACUUGAAAAUCAGCUUGAAGGCAAUUUGAAUGCCUGCCUUUUCCUCUGCCUCUCCUGUCUGUGUGUACAUUUCUAUAGGCCUGCUUUUCUUCCUUUUUUUUGUGUCUUCUGAUGCCCAGAAGAAAGGAUGAUGCCAUUAUCUGUAUGAAAUUGUUUCAAAUAUUAAUGUUGUUUCAGAUCAGAAAAUGAAAGAAGGAAAUGAAAGAAGUGUGUGCUAGUUAUUUUUUAUUCCCUUUCGAUCAGUCAAUUGAAUUGGUCGCUAGUUUGUCAAUUCAAGUUGAGUUUCUUCUCUUCUGCAUUCUUGUCUUCCCUUUCUGCUCUGCUGUCGCCUGUUUCUGUUUCACAGUGCCUAUUGUGAUUGUUGUUUCACAGAUUGGAUUAAUUCACUCAGGAAGCUGCUGGUGUGUGAGAUGAGUUGUUUCCCCUUAUUUGUUGAAAUGCUUCCCUAUUUUUUUGAUGAGUUCAUAUCGUGAGUUAGUGAAUCUCAGAUGCAGGAGGAGAAUCUCGCAUGCACUGUAUCUUUGAAACGGAAUAAAAAAUAAUGGCCUCUG